AGUAUUAUACAAACUAAGAUUCCACAUUUAACGCCGUCAAUUAUUUCCGUCCAUCUCCUUCCUCAAAUCUCAAACUCCUCCUUGUACUCCCUUAAUCCCACAGACCAUUCUUAGCUGUACAAAGUCUCUCUUCUUCUUCUUCUCUCUCUCUCUCUCUCAAAACUCUGAUUCAACAAAGACGACAAAGCGAAGAAUCAAAAUCUCCAGAACUUGGAUCCUCGUUGAAGCUUCAAAUUUGUGUAGUUUCUAGCUAGUGUAUUGGAAUCGGGAAAAUGGCUAGUCGUGUUAAAGAAGACGAGAAGAACGAGCGGAUUAUUAGGAGUCUUCUCAAACUUCCUGAGAAUAAGAGAUGUAUAAACUGUAACAGCCUUGGACCACAAUAUGUUUGCACUACUUUCUGGACUUUUGUGUGUACUAACUGCAGUGGGAUACACCGUGAGUUUACACACCGUGUUAAAUCAGUAUCGAUGGCGAAGUUUACCUCACAAGAAGUUACUUCUUUAAAAGAAGGUGGAAAUCAGCAUGCUAAGGAUAUAUAUUUUAAAGGACUUGAUCAACAGAGGCAAUCAGUGCCUGAUGGCAGUAAUGUAGAGCGGUUAAGGGACUUCAUCAGACAUGUGUAUGUAAAUAAAAGGUACACGAAUGAGAAGAAUGAUGACAAACUUCCAAGUGAGACACGUAGUUCUAGUGGGUCUCGAAGUCCACCAUAUGAAGAUGUAAAUGACCGUCGUUACAGCGACAGAUCAAGUCCUGGUGGGAGAAGUCCAGGGUUUGAGCCAGGUAACAGGAAUGUUGGUAAUAACAAAAAAAGCCCUGCUCGUCCUGAGAUCUUGAAUGAUUGGCGUAGAGAAGAUAGAUUUGGGGGUAGAAAAACAUCAGAUGAGGGCUCCCAAUCACCUGAACAAGUAAAAGACUUAGGUUCAGCUAGCCCUCCAGUAGCUCGACCUGUUAGGGAAAUUUUAGGUGACAGUGUUAUUCCUCUCCGUGUGGGAGAGCCUCCAAAACCACCUGUCAGCCGAAAUAUCGAUGCUUCUGCACAUGCAAAGUCAACUACAUCAUUGAGUAGUUUAAUGUCCACAAAUGAGAAGCCACCAGAAGUGAAGCUGCCAGAAGUGAAGCCACCAGAAGUGAAGCCGAAGGCUACUUUAAGCCUGAUUGAUUUUGAUACUGAUUUUGAACCUCCUGCUCCAGCUGUUGCAAUGCAAGCACCAGAAUCUACCACACGUCAGCCUGCUCCACAGCCAGCAUCUUUGUCUAAUGAUAACUGGGCAUCUUUCGAUGCUGCACCCAGUGCCCCUAGUUUAAAUGUAUCACAACCACCACCCAGUGGAAACACUCUGGAUUCACUUCUCUCCCAGUUGGCCGUGACUUCUUCUGUGCAAGGUCAGACGUAUACACCAUCUAGCGGACCUGGGCAUCUUGGCCAUUCCACGUCACAAAUCUUUGCACCUUUUCCGAAUGAACAUUCAAGUGAACAGCCAUGGAACACGGCACUUGCAUCCAAUGUACAUAGGUCAAUGAGUGCCCCGUCAUUGCAACCUCUUCAAGGAGUCCCUUCCGGUGGCCUGCAGUCUUCUGAGGUUAAACCUUCCGGAAGGAACGAAUUACCAGCGGAUUUAUUCACUGUAACCUACCCAUCAUACCAUGCACCAGUACCUGGGUGGCAAGCUGGUCCACCUCAUGGUAUGCACUAUGGCAUGCAGCAGUAUAAUAACCCCGUGCCUUACCAGAAUGUCCCGCACCCAGCCAAGUCAAUGAACCCUUUUGACUUCAGCACUGGGCCGCCAUCACAAACACCAACGGAAAAUAUGUUCCCUUCCAUGGCUCCUCAACAAGGUGCAUUACCUCCUUCAGGCAUGAUGCCUUCUCAUGGAGUACACAAUCAAUUACCUCCUUCAGGCAUGAUGCCUUCUCAAGGAGUACACAAUCAUUUCAAUAUACCUUCUCAAGUCUCAGCCCAUCCAUCUGCAAUGCCACCAAGGUACAUGUCUCCUCCAUUACCAGGAAGCAUGCCACCUAGUAAUGUAAGCCCAGUUGGCGACAUGAACGCUUCAUAUGACGCUCAACAAACAUACCAAAAUUUUGGAAGCUCGUUUCCUGCUGCGGUUCCUUUGAACCCACCUUCUUUCCAAUCAGGAGGAAACCCGUUUGGGUAAGAAUGAACGAGAAUAUUAGCUCGAGAGAGCUAUGUUAUGUUUGAGGAUAGUGUUUGUGUUCUAAGGUGUAGUAUAAAGUAUCAAAUCGAAUACAAACAUGGGUUAAAAAAAAAAUAGGGUGAACGAAGGAAGGUACGAGCCAUAAAUCAUGAAGAAAGAAUUGGGUUUGUGAUGAGAGUGUUAGAUGAUUUUUUUAUAAGCAUCAAAAUGUUUUGAAAUAGGUUUGAUAUUUAUUCUUUGGUGUUUCUAUAUUUCAUUUCCCCUUGUGAUGUUUUCUUUUUGGCCAUUGUCCCUUUAGAAAAAAAACUCUUCAGGCUCCUCCUUUGUGUUGUAUGAUUUUGUAAAAGGGCUUACACAUUGACCAUAACGUCUUGUCAAAAUUGAAUUUUGACAAGUUAAAAGAUUUUUCUGUUGUGAGACUUUUAAGGUUUGGUCAUGUUUCUCUUC